UGAGUGUCUACUGUCAAGGAUGAUGAGGACCUAAGCCUAUGAAAAUAGCUCGUUUGAAGCGAUGGCGCAUUUAGACAAUCUGAUGGACAUGGGAGCCCCCGUCUGGUUGGCGGCCGAGAGCAGCGUUGCGUUGUUUGGUGUUGUUUGGUGGUGGGUACCUUUCAUUCCAGUGCCACCAGUCCAGGAUGAGAACAAAGAAAAUGCUUCGACAGGGGCUGGCUUUCAGGCGAAUGGAGAGAUAUGGAGGACCGGGCCCUGACUCGUAGUCAAGUACUACUGUACAGCACCAGCAGCACUCAAGACUCUGUCCCUGUGACAACUAUCUACUGCCGAGGCA